UAUUUUAAGGAAGUAACACUGAUGACGCAGGCUUGGGGAGUCCGCGAUGUUGUACAUAAUGUUCACGGACUUUACGAACACUCAAACAGAAAUGGUGUCAACAACUACAAGAAGAAGAGCUUUGCGCGUAUAUUUGUAACGACUACAUAACAAAGAGGUGGCUGUAACAAAGGGUUGGUCAAGCUGUUAAUUCUUGCUGAUCAGGCAGCCUUCAACUUUUCAUUGCAACAUUUAGUUUACAGCAAUUAGUGACACUUUCAUUUCUUCCCCAGUAUUCUAUUCUUAGGUUUGAUCUGAACCGAACCCACCCAGUCUCGGAAUGGACGCAAUCCUUGAACGGAAUAAAUUAUGAAAUCUCUGGUUGUUUUUAUCUCCAUGUUGCUGCUGUUGUGUUUUCAAUGUAUUUAUGGCUUGGGCUCCGGAGAGUCUGGUACCGGGGUAGUUCCGUCUCCAGACCGAUCCCCUGACGGUGCUGACCUGCGCUCCUCCGUGGGUACUAUGGUGGGCACACACUUCGCGAUGUUCCAUCAGGGAAACACAGACAAGUGUGCCAUAGUGAUGAACCUGAGUGCUGUUGAUCGCUGUGCGUUUGUGAAGACCACCCAAGACUGCAGUAUGGAAGACAGCUUCAUCAACUACCUCAAGAUGACCUUCUGUCUACUACCACCCGACCUCACACCCCUCACCAUCACACUCUGUAUUAUUUGGUUGUUGUUCUUGUUCAUAGUUCUGGGACUGACUGCAUCGAAGUUCUUCUGUCCCAACCUCUCAGCCAUCUCUUCCACCCUUCGACUCACACACAACGUGGCUGGUGUUACGUUCCUGGCACUAGGUAACGGAGCCCCAGAUGUCUUCAGUGCCACAGUGGCCUUCUCCCGUCCACACACUGCUGGCCUGGCUAUAGGAGCACUGUUUGGAGCGGGUAUCUUCGUAACCACUGUGGUUGCCGGGGCUGUGUCAUUGGUCAAACCCUUCACUGUGGCGUCCCGCCCCUUCCUGCGUGAUGUCAUCUUCUACAUGGCUGCUGUCUUCUGGACCGUCGUCAUCCUCUACAGAGGAACUAUAUCACUGGGAGAGACACUGGGGUACCUGGGGCUGUAUGUGGUGUAUGUGAUAACAGUCAUCACGAGUGCCUACAUCUACAGUCAUCAGAAACACUCAGCGACCAGAAGUUCCAUCCAGAGCUCAACACAUGUACCAGAGUUCCAGUCGUCUGAGUCCGAUGAUGAGGCAAUUCUUAUAUCUAAUAGCAGCAUCCAGGAGGACUACGACAGUGAGUACUGUCCCCUGCUGCCCUACUGUGAAUCAACCAGUUCGAUCCUGUUGAGUUCUCUCAACCCGGUGGACAGCAGGAUCUGGAGGAGGAAGUCCUGGCGCUGGAGGGCCAUCAAAAUACUAAAGAUGCCACUGGAGGUGCUGCUGCUGCUGACUGUUCCAGUGGUGGAUCCUGAUAAAGAAGACAGGAACUGGAGAAGACCAUUAAACUGCCUCCACCUCAUCACCGCACCACUGGUGUGUGUGCUCACCUUCCGUUCUGGAGAGUACGGGAUGUAUCGGAUCGAGGAUCAGUUUCCUGUCUGGGCGUUGACGUUGCUCUUUGGCCUCUUCCUCUCCGCCAUAGUCUUCCUCACCACCACCAACAACCACCCCCCGCCAUACCACUCACUGUUCUCUCUGCUGGGCUUUGUGGUGAGUGCGAUAUGGAUCAGUGCUGCGGCCUUGGAGGUGGUCAGUAUCCUGCACAUGCUCGGUGUGGUCUUUAGUCUGUCCAACAAUUUACUGGGUCUCACACUGCUGGCCUGGGGAAACAGCAUAGGGGAUAGUUUUUCUGACGUCACCAUCGCUCGCCAGGGCUACCCUCAGAUGGCAAUAUCAGCCUGCUUUGGGGGAAUCAUCUUUAACAUGCUGAUUGGAGUGGGCAUUGGCUGUCUGAUGCAGAUGUUUAACAACGAGCCAGUGGUGACGUUUCCACAUGAUUGGACUGGUAUUACCCUAUUCCCCCCCACCCCCCAGUUUGAACCAGCAGGUUUGUUGACCUGGGUUCUAGCAGGUUCUCUGGGUCUCUCGCUGGUCCUCUCCUUCAUCCUAGUUCCUCUGCGCUGUUUCCACAUGGGCCGGUCCCAUGGAAUCUUCCUCCUGCUCUUCUACACGGUCUUCCUCCUGGUUGCGCUGCUCACUGAAUUUGGCUUUAUCCACACCUGAAGCCAGUAAGGGAUGGUUUGGACCAGUCUGGUGGAGCCACCUGCGAUUACUGACAAGAUGGUCCGAGACCUGAAUGACUUAAAGCCAGUAACACAGGGCCUUAAUUGAGUUGGAGAAAAUCACCCUGUGGCUUUACUUUAGUCUGUUUGCACUGACUGUAUUUUUAUAUUUAGAUCACUAUUAGCUGUUACUUGAGAACAGCUACUCUUCCUGGGGUCCACACAAAACAAUUAUACACACAUACAGAAAUGACUGUAGGGACAAUUGUUUUUACAGGCAACAUACCGUGAAUCUUAUGUGAAAGCAGUAUAACACUGUUUUAAAAGUUACCCAUAUACCAACAAGGAGAAGAAAUACAAGAAAAAAGCUGCAGUAGCACUAGGGAAUUCUCUCAUUUAAAUCAAUGUGAAUGCAGUGUCUCCUAUCUUAGCGAGACACACUGCUGUAUGUAAUGGUUGAUGUGAGUAAAUUGUCAAAUGUGCUCUAUGCAUUUAUGGCUUAGAAAUACCUAUAUAGUUCCAACUUCUGAAACAUGAAACAGCAGGGCGCAGCUGUUAAAAUGAUUUGAAGAUGGCCCUAAACAAGCUACUUUACAUAGUAGCUUCAAACAAUGUUUAAGAAAUAGUUUUCUUUACUAUGACCGAUGUAUGAUAGAUAUAGAGGUAGUACAUUACUGCCCCUGAUAGAUAUUUGCACCUUUGGUAAAGGAUACUCUUAUGAGAACUUUGUCUGGGCUGUGUGUAUAUGUGUUAAAGGAACUGAGAUCCAGGUAUAUCACAAAUCCCUAAUGAACUCAGUAAAAAAAAAAAAAAUCUUAAUUGAAAAGAUCGUAUGCAGGGUUCAGUCUGGUUUUA